AUGUCUUCCGGCGUCAGUGUUGCCGAUGAAUGCAUCACAGUCUACCAGGAGCUCAUGAGGAGGAGGCAUAAAUACGUUGUUUUCGGCCUCAACGCCCAGUUCACCGAGAUCGUCGUCCUCAAGAAGUCCGAGGAACAGGACUACGAAGUCUUUCUCAAGGAGUUUCCCCCCGACCAGUGCAGAUGGGCAGUCUACGAUCUCGAGUAUUCUACCGAUGAUGGCGGCAAGAGGAACAAGGUCGUCUUCGUCUACUGGUCUCCUGGUAACUCAUCGGUCAAGCAGCGCAUGGUCUACUCCGCGUCGAGCAACACCUUCAAGGCGCGUCUCGGGGUCGCGCUCGAGGUUCAGGGCAACGACGAGGACGACCUGGAGUUUGUCAAUGGUGAGUCUCCGUGUCUUCCCACCUAUGAUAAAAUCUAA